AUGUCCAUUGUUAGACCAUCCUCAAGAUUACUUUUCCCAAUUUUGGGAGCUGCUGCCGCUGCAGGCAUUGCAUUCCACUACUCUAGCCCAAGAAUUUACAACGAGCCAGGCAAGACCUUUAAAGGUGGGGACGAGUGGAUUGACUUGAAGUUGAAGGACUCAUGGAACAUCUCUCCAAACACCAAGCACUACGUUUUUGAGUUGGAUGACCCUGAGAAUGUUUCUGGUUUGGUCACCGCAUCGUGUCUUUUGGCCAAGUAUGUGACUCCAAAGGGUAACAACGUCAUUAGACCUUACACCCCAGUGUCUGAUGUUGAGCAGAAGGGAACCAUCGAAUUCGUGAUCAAGACUUAUCCAGAAGGUAAGUUCUCCAAGUACGUCCACGAUUUGAAGCCUAACGACACUGUUUCGUUCAAGGGUCCAAUUGUCAAGUGGAAGUGGGAGCCAAACCAGUUCAAGAAGAUUUCCUUGAUUGGAGGUGGUUCUGGUAUCACUCCUUUGUACCAAUUGAUCCACGAGAUCACCAAGAACCCAGAAGACAAGACUCAGGUUGAUUUAUACUACGGUUCUUUGACCAAGGAGGACAUUUUGUUGAAGAAGGAAUUAGACAAGAUCGCAUCUGAGCACAAGGACCAGGUUAAGAUCCACUACUUCCUCGACAAGGCUCCAGAGAACUGGGAGGGUAACGUCGGUUUCAUCACCAAGGAAUUCUUGAAGGAACAUUUGCCAGCUCCAUCUAAGGACAGUAAGAUUUAUGUGUGCGGUCCUCCACCAUUGUACAAGGCCAUUUCUGGUAACAAGGUUUCCCCAACUGACCAGGGUGAGGUCACCGGCCACUUGGCCGACUUGGGUUACACCAAGGAGCACGUCUUCAAGUUUUAG